UUGCUGGAGCGCUUCUCGGCAGCAGCUUCCGAGGGUGCUUCCUCGCUCGGAUGCGUCGGCGGCGGCGCCUGCCGGACCAGAGCAGCCCAAGACUUGAAGAUAGAGCAAAUCUGUGUGGCCCAAAAUGCCUGUGCUAGCCGGAGGAUGAGGAAGCAGCGGGUGUGAGCAGCUGAGAACUUCCGACGUCCUUGCAGCCUUGGUUCCGGUCACUUGUGUCCCUGUAGGUUGCAGCCAAAGCACCAUGAGCACUAGAAAGCGUCGUGGAGGGGCAGUAAAUUCUAGACAAGCCCAGAAGCGAGCUCGGGAAGCAGCCACCACACCUGAGAUGGCCUUGGAAACAGAGCCCAUUGAGCUUGUGGAAAGCGCUGGAGAUGAAAUAGUGGACCUCACCUGUGAAUCUUUAGAGCCCGUGGUCGUCGACCUGACGCACAACGACUCUGUUGUGAUUGUUGAUGAAAGGGGGCGGCCAAGGAGGAACCCUAGGAGGCAGCGCCAGGACCAUGCUGACAGCUGUGUGGUGAGCAGUGAUGACGAGGAGCUGUCCAGGGACAGAGACGUGUAUGUGACCACACACACUCCCAGAAACACCAGGGAAGAGACAGCUCCAGGGCUCAGGCCCUCCGGUACAGUCAGUUGUCCGAUCUGCAUGGAUGGAUACUCAGAGAUUGUGCAGAAUGGACGUGUCAUUGUUUCUACAGAGUGUGGCCACGUCUUCUGCAGCCAGUGCCUCCGAGAUUCCCUCAAGACCGCUAACACUUGCCCAACCUGCAGGAAGAAGAUGAGCCACAAACGCUAUCACCCCAUUUACAUAUGACGUGGUGAGAGCUGCCCAGGAGACAGGCAGACAGCAACAGCCCAGUGGGCUGUCAUGCAGCCUCCAUGGGUUAUCUGCCUCCAAUUUCCUGAGCUCAAAAGACUAUUUAAAACCAAGGCCCGAUAUGUAAAUGCUCCUUUGUUUCCAGCCCCUCUGAGAUCCUCUCGUUACCUCUAGCUUGAAGCCUCAGAGCGGGAGCUAAAGUCCUGCUGGGCCGGGGUCUGCGUCCCGCUCCUCGGGGCAGCCGGGUUCCAGGGUAGGAGAGGAGUUGAGCACCUUGGAGUUGAGAAGCAGGGUUCCAGCCUCUUUCCAGGACCUGCACAUUUGCCAAGAAGUUUCCCCAUUGGAAUGUUUGCCCAGCUUCCUCCUGGCAGUGUCGUCAAGGAGCUGGCCCUGGUCAGAGCUCAAGCAGGUCCGCCCAGCUCUCGCGGGCAUGCUACCUCGUCCCAGGCCUCUGCCCGCCACAGUGACCAAGCCAGAUACAACCCCGGAAGGACCAGCCGCUGGACUCUUCUCUUCCCGAGAGUCCCUGGUGACUCUGCCAACACCUUAGCGAUGACAUGCAGGGGUUUCUGCAGACUGAGAGCCUCUGCAGGGCCGUGUCUGAGUCCCUGAGGAUGAAACGUGCAAUAAAGCCCGUCUGCCGCCUCCUCAGCCCAGGAGAUGCGGCACUGUGAGUCUCCCUCAGGCCCCGCCCUGUCUGUCACCACCUGUUCUCAGGACCUGACCAAGGCCCAGAGUUCUCCACCUGGCAGGGACCACGCAAGGUAAACAGGGCCGGCCUAUGGUCGGGUGUCUGCUCCUUUCUGAUAAAAUCCAUCCAGUUCACCAUGUGCCCUCUGGUCCUCAGUUCCCGCUGCCCGAUGUCUCCUCAAGUGUGGACACUGGAAGGCAGGGCAGUAUUUGUGGCCUUAUCAGCCCAUGUCCACGCUGUUGCCCCAGCCGCAGCCUCCCUAUGUCUGAGAGCUCGGCCCGCCUGACGAGCUGCCUGCCUUGGCCUUCUCACCCACCCCACCACUGUCAUCUCAGAAGCUGUUCUUCUGGCCCUUUGGGCUUUGAUCCUUUGGACUUCUGACUUCUCCUUAGAUUUUGGUUGGCAAAGUUCAGUGGCCUCUCCUUGCCCAGGGGCUCAGGUAACACCCUCUGCUCAACUCCGCAGGCGUGUGAGAGCCUCGGGUCCUCCAGGUGGCUGAGCUGCCACUAACGCACAGGGCUUGGGGGUGACAGUGGGGGAGGCCUGCGGUGCCAGCCUUCCUCCACCUCCGCAGCCCUCCUCAUAGGCCUCGAGCCAGACAACAGCCUGUGUGUGAAGCAUCUUCAUGGGGGAGAGGGCUUCUGGCUUUGCAGCAAUAACUGGCCUUCAGUUUCCCUCUGAAGGAGCAAGGACUUGGCACAGUUCACUUUAACGGGGCUGAAGGAGUGUCCCUCUUCUGUGAAAAGUUUUAUUCUUCAUUCUGACUUUUUAGCUGUUUGGCUCACUUCCAGUUAGUUUGAAUGAAAGGAGUAGUUUUCUACUUGGGGUGGAGGAGGGCAGGACCUCAGCGUCCAUCAGUGGUGUGUGCUGGGUGCCUGCCCUCCGAGCCACUGGACGUGGUUGCCGUUGCGUUUCUUCUGGGCUUCAUGGGAAGGCUCUCCUGUUACGUGCUAACAGUACCCAGACUUCAAGAGCCAGGAUGACCACGCAGCCAGAACCUCGUUUUGUGUGUAAGGACAGACGGUUGAUCAUGAAAGUGUACUUCUGCAUUAAAUUGGGAGACAGUGUUCAGUUUCUGCUGUUCAGAAACUGCCAAGUAGGAAAAGGUGGGUGUGGCCCCUCCCCCCUCGGUGUACAUAGUCCAAGUCUGUCUUUGUUACAGUUGCACUUCGUCUGCACCAGUCUGUUUUGGACCCUCUGCUAGUGUUACAGAUGGAAAUAAAACGUAAUUUGAACCAGA